GAGGGAGGAAGAGUCCCACCGUGUUUCGGAGGCAGAAGAGUCCAGACCGGCGGCUUCAGAGGAGACACAGACCCACUAUGUCCCGGUUAUGUCCUUACCUGGUUCAGGGUGGAAACACUGAAGAAGAAGCAGAUGAGUUUAAUUUGCUCAUAGAGGAUUGAUGGCCCUGUAUUAUGGCCAAGUGGACAUGAUUCUACAUUCAGCACCUCUGGCACGAUGUCGAAUAUGAUUUACCUGACUGUCGUAAGCAUUUUAUAUUUACCUUUUUUACUGUUCGAGGCAUUCGGUUUGUCCAGAGGAAAGUAUGAGAGGUCGGUGGUGCCAAGUUCUGCCUCUCGCCUGGUGGCGAGGAUGGACGGGGAUAUUAUAAUUGGAGCCCUUUUCUCUGUUCACCACCAACCAUCAGCUGAGAAGGUGGCGGAGAGGAAAUGUGGAGAGGUCCGCGAGCAGUACGGCAUCCAAAGGGUGGAGGCCAUGUUCCACACCUUGGAUCGGAUUAAUUCGGACCCAAAUCUGUUACCCAACAUCACCCUUGGCUGUGAGAUCAGAGACUCCUGCUGGCAUUCCUCGGUGGCUCUGGAGCAGAGCAUCGAAUUCAUACGAGACUCUCUCAUCUCCAUCCGGGAUGAGAGCGACGGCUCCAGGUGGUGCAUUGAAGGGGCGCCUUCCAGUCAGCCACCACCGACCAAGAAGCCCAUCGUUGGAGUCAUUGGGCCGGGCUCCAGUUCUGUUGCCAUUCAGGUGCAAAACCUUCUGCAGCUAUUCAACAUCCCGCAGAUCGCUUAUUCUGCAACUAGUAUUGACCUCAGUGACAAGACACUGUUCAAGUACUUCCUCAGGGUUGUACCCUCAGAUACUCUUCAAGCCAGAGCCCUGGUGGACAUUGUCAAACGAUACAACUGGACCUAUGUGUCAGCUGUUCACACAGAGGGUAACUAUGGGGAGAGUGGGAUGGAGGUAUUCAAAGAGCUUGCCUCGCAGGAAGGCCUUUGCAUCGCCCAUUCUGACAAGAUUUACAGCAAUGCUGGGGAGAAGCACUUCGACAGGCUGCUGAGAAAGCUGCGGGAGCGUCUGCCUAAAGCCAGAGUUGUUGUCUGCUUCUGUGAAGGCAUGACAGUCCGAGGGCUUCUCAUGGCUAUGAGACGGCUCGGAGUAGCCGGAGAGUUCCUCCUAAUUGGCAGUGAUGGAUGGGCAGACCGAGUGGAGGUGGUGGAGGGGUACGAACAGGAGGCUGUGGGAGGCAUCACCGUGAAGCUGCACUCUGAAGAGGUCUCCUCAUUCGACGACUACUUCCUGAGGCUCAAGCUCAGCACCAACACCCGCAACCCAUGGUUUCCAGAGUUCUGGCAGUACCGGUUUCAGUGCCGCCUUCCCGGACACCCGCAAGAGAAUUUGAAUUAUGCACGAAACUGCUCAGGUUAUGAAAGUCUGGAGGACAACUACGUGCAAGACAGCAAGAUGGGCUUCGUCAUCAAUGCCAUCAAUGCGAUGGCCCACGGGCUGCAUGAUAUGCACUCUCACCUUUGUCCCGGCCACGUGGGGCUCUGUGAUGCCAUGAAGCCUGUUGAUGGAAGUCACUUACUGGAAUUCCUUCUGAAGACAUCCUUCACAGGCGUGUCCGGCGAGGACAUAUGGUUCGAUGAGAACGGCGAUUCACCUGGAAGGUAUGAGAUUAUGAACUUUCAGCAUGUGGAGACCAGUGUUUAUGAUUACAUCAACAUCGGCUCCUGGCACGAGGGCAUGCUCAGUAUCGAUGAUGACAUGAUCCAGAUGAACCGCAGUGAGAUGGUCCGCUCUGUCUGCAGUGAGCCCUGCUCCAAAGGAGAAAUCAAGGUGAUAAGGAAGGGAGAGGUGAGCUGCUGCUGGAUCUGCACUGCCUGCAAAGACAAUGAGUACGUCCAGGAUGAGUUCACAUGCAAGGCCUGUGACCUGGGCUGGUGGCCUGACAAAGAACUGGAAGGCUGUGAGCCGAUCACUCUACGCUAUCUGGAGUGGAGAAAUCCAGAGUCCAUUAUCCAGGUGGUCUUCUCCUGUCUGGGCAUACUGGUAACAUCAUUUGUUACCUUCAUCUUUGUCUUAUACCGCGACACACCAGUGGUCAAAUCCUCCAGCCGGGAGCUCUGUUAUAUCAUCCUUGCAGGGAUCUUCCUGGGCUAUCUGUGCCCUUUCACUCUCAUUGCCCGACCCACCGUGGCCUCUUGCUACCUCCAGAGACUUCUUGUCGGACUCUCAGCUGCCAUGUGCUACUCAGCCCUGGUAACCAAAACCAAUCGCAUCGCUCGAAUCCUGGCAGGCAGCAAGAAGAAGAUUUGCACAAGGAAGCCGAGGUUCAUGAGCGCUUGGGCUCAGGUGGUCAUCGCCUUCAUCCUGAUAAGUGUCCAGCUCACACUGGAAAUUACCCUCAUCAUCAUGGAGCCUCCUGAACCCGUCAAAUCUUACCCCAGCAUCAGAGAAGUCUUCCUGAUCUGCAACACCAGUAACCUUGGUGUUGUAGCUCCACUGGGCUACAACGGCCUGCUGAUCAUGAGCUGUACCUAUUACGCCUUUAAGACCCGCAACGUCCCUGCAAAUUUCAAUGAGGCCAAAUAUAUUGCCUUCACCAUGUACACCACAUGUAUAAUCUGGCUGGCGUUUGUGCCAAUCUACUUUGGCAGCAACUACAAAAUCAUCACUACGUCCUUCUCUGUGAGCCUCAGCGUGACUGUAGCUUUGGGGUGCAUGUUCACUCCAAAGAUGUACAUCAUUAUCGCCAAACCUGAGAGAAAUGUGCGCAGCGCAUUCACCACCUCCGAUGCUGUGCGCAUGCAUGUUGGCGACGGUAAAAUUGCUUGCCGAAGCAACAGCCUGUUAAACAUGUUCAAGAGGAAAAAGAACACUGGAAAUGGCAGUUCUAAUGGAAAGUCUGUGUCAUGGUCUGAACCAGGUGCAAGACAUCCUCCAAAAGGGGAUCACAUGUGGCACAGACUGUCAGUGCAUGUGAAGAGACAGGAAGCAGGUUCCAAUCAGAUGGCUGUCAUCAAACCCUUAACUAAUACCUACCAUAACACGGGCCUGGAAUUCUCAGACCUCAGCACUAAGACUUUGUACAAUGUGGCUGAGGAGGAUGAGAGUGACCCUGUCCAUUAUAACUCCCCUGACACUCCCCCUAUGGUGGCCCACGGGCAAAUGCCUGCCAGUGGGCUGAAAAAAGAUGUGCACGAGGAAGUGGAGCUCUAUUCCCCCGAGCCUUUGCAGCAAAAUAGCAUUAUCCCCCCCAAACAUGCCGUGAUGGACCGCCUGCAAGAGGAGGGGGUAGUGAGCAAGUUCAACAGUAACAUGCCUGAGAUCCGUGAUAUGAUAAGCAUGCCUGAAGCUGUCAGUGGUGGGAUGCCAGUGUACCAUCAGGCUCACCUCAUCCAGCAGGAGCCUGUCCUGCCUGUGCAGCUUGACCCAUUUGAUGAGGAACCUGUCUUCCCUUUAGAGGAGGAAGAAGAGGAGGAAAUGGAGAAUGAGCAGUUUGGCCUUCUCCACGGCUACAUGUACAACAACUCCCAGAUUCAUGACGAGGAGGACUUUGUUGAGGUCAAAUUAGCAACAGAGGACUCUUUGGCUCUGAUGCCCCCCUCGCCUUUCCGUGAUUGCACCGGUGCUCUAGUGAGCCCCUUUCCCAACUCGCCAGUGUCCGAGUCGAUUUUGUGCACACCUCCCAAUGUCACAUACGCCUCCGUCAUCCUCAGAGACUACAAGCAAAGCUCCUCAACUCUGUGAGGGCACGCCCUAAAUGUUAACGCUUGUAGUAUAAGUUUUUAUGUGUUGUAUAUGAUUAUACAUAAGGAAAACGUGAUCCUGUGGUCUGUCAAGUCAUUUUUCACUCCUAAUAGCUUUUACAUGAUAAGGGUGAGACAUACUGUAUAUUUCUAAUAUAAGCUUUUAGAGACAAAAAUAAC